GGCCAAGCUCAAGAGCUAUCUAGUACUCCCAGGUGACCAGAAGUCAUGGCUCACUUUGCUCAGGUUCUGGAUGAAAUAGGUGACUUUGGUCGCUUCCAGGUACAGGUGAUGAUGCUGUUGUGUAUCCCCAACUUCCUGUCUGCCUUCCAGAUUUUUGGCUACAUGUUCAUGAUCCAGAAUGAGGCCCACCAUUGUUCAGUGCCCUGGGUUCAGAACCAUACUUUCAACUGGAGUGCAGCUGAGCAGCUGGCCCUGAGUGUACCUCUGGAUGCUACAGGCAAGCCUGAGUCCUGCCUCAUGUUUCGGCCACCCACUGACAAUGCCAGCCUAGAAGACAUCCUCAGUCACCGCUUCAAUGAGACACAAUCUUGUGAAACUGGCUGGGACUAUCCUGAGCAUAAACCCCAAUCCCUAAUGAAUGAGUUCAACCUAGUUUGUGAUCGGAAGCACCUAAAGGAAACCUCGCAGUCUGUGUUCAUGGCUGGACUCCUCAUUGGAGCCCUCAUCUUUGGGCCCAUCAGUGACAGAACUGGUCGCAGAGCCUCCUUCUUGGGGCAGCUGCUCCUGUUUGCCAUCUCGGGCCUGGCCACAGCAUUUGCGCCCAGCUUUGAGCUCCACAUGGCCCUGCGCUUUGCUAUAGCUACGGCUGUUGGUGGAUAUACCUUAAACAUUACCACUUUACUUUCAGAGUGGGUGGGACCCUCAUGGAGAACCCCUGCUAUGGCCCUAAACUUGGCUGGCUUCGCCCUCGGGCAGAUGGGGCUAGCAGGACUCGCCUACGGUGUCCGAAAAUGGAGGCUCCUUCAGAUCUCCAGCACUGCACCCAUCUUGCUGCUUCUUUUCCACUUCUGGGCAGUGCCAGAAUCUGCACGGUGGCUCCUCAUUCAGGGGCGGAUAGAGGAGGCCAAGCAAUUGGUCCAGAAGGCAGCAUUAGUCAACAAGAGGGAACUCACCCCUGAGCUCCUAAGCCAGCUGGCCCCAGAGGAGAAAGGCCCCUCGGGGAAUGCCUUUGAUCUUUUCAGACACCCUCAUCUCCGGAAGGUGACCCUGAUUCUUAUCUGUGUCUGGUUUGUGGACAGUCUGACAUACUAUGGGCUCAGUUUUCAAGUAGGAGAUUUUGGCAUGGACAUCUACCUGACACAGCUAAUAUUUGGAGCAGUCGAGUUGCCCUCCCGAAUUUCCAGCAUCUUCUUGAUGGAGAAGUGUGGCCGAAAGUGGAGCCAGUCUGGGACUCUGAUUCUGGGUGGCCUCAUGUGUAUUAUCAUCACCUUCAUCCCAUCAGAUCUGCCUGUGGUGGUCACCGUGCUGGCCAUAAUAGGGAAGUUUGCUAUGGCUGCUGGCUUUACCAUCUCCUAUGUGUAUACCUCUGAGCUCUUCCCCACCAUUAUCCGACAAACUGGCAUGGGGCUGGUGAGCAUCUUCUCAAGGAUCGCAGGCACCAUCACUCCACUUGUGAUCCUGCUGGGUGAGAACCACAUGGCCCUCCCCAUGCUCAUCUUCGGGAGCCUCCCUAUCGGAGCCGGUGUACUCUGUGCCCUGCUGCCAGAGACACGUGGCCAGAGCCUGAAGGACACCAUCCAGGACCUGGAGCAGAGGCCCUGCCCACAGUCUCCAAAGGCAGCACCUCUGGAAAAACAGAGGAAAAUCACAGGAAAAUCUUCUAGCCCAAAGGUGGCAAUUGUGAGCAGUGCAUACUUCUAAUCGUGGUUCCUAAGAGCUAGACCAUCUGCAGUGGGGAGCAGCCCAUACGUCCCCUUGAAUAUGGCCAGGACCCAUGAGGAUGAAGAAAUAAGACCAGCCUUGCUUAUGAAGACAGCACACCAUGACCUGGCCUCAGCCUCAGCCACCCACUACUGAGUUCAAUCCCAGGAGCAUCUGGGAUAGAACCUCCCUCCAUCCAGAAUCUACUUCUCUCAUCCCCACAGCCCCAUCCCAAUACGAUGUCCGAAUUAAGGAUUCUAGGUCUGUCCUGGGCUUUGCUUGUUCUCUGAUAGUCUUGAGGGGGAGGGGAGUGGUAUGGUUUCCAAGAUGACCUCAGUCUGGAGAGUCCCUGCCCUCAAAACAGUCAAGCCCAGCACAGAGCAGAGGGUAGGCCCUUCCCCAGUUGUGGGAGCAAGCAGAGGAAACAAACCAUGAAGAUGUGGAUUAUACAAAACUGUAUCUGUGGCUCUGAUGCUCCAAAGCCAACAGACAGCUGUGUUCUCAGCCCAUCUUGGAAGGACACUCUGUGCACUGCCUCUUUCUCAGACUGGACACUCUCCAGCUGGGGAAAGGACCUCAUUGUUUCUUCCCUAUCACUGUGGCCUUCCCCACUUAUAAACACUCAUGGAAACCUUUCUUUUUUGACUUGCAGAUUGGACAUCAUUCCACUGAAAUUCUGCCACCUGGAUCUUGGUUGUUCCUUCCACUUAGCUCAUGCCAUCCUCUUAGAAUAAUCCCUCUCCACUUCCAAAAAUCUCAAAAAAUUUCUGGCAUGUAAGUGAAUAGAUGAAUGAGUUUCUCAUUCAGAUAUGUCACUCUCUGACUAUAGCAUCCCCUCCUCCUGGCCUCUUUGCUCCAUUAUUCCCACUGGACGCAGUCAGCUUAGGCUUCCACAACACAGUAUCACAGACAAGCGGCUUAAAAGCAAAGACUUAUUUCCUCAUGGGUCUAGAAGUUUGAAGCCUGAAAUCAAGAGUACCAGCAUGGCCAGGUUCUGGGGAUGCCCUCCCUCUUCCUGUCUUUCAGAUGGCUUCUCUUUAGUACCUGUACAAGGGGACAAAUUUCCGUCUCUUCCACUUCUUAUAAAACCACUAAUUCCAUCCAGGGUCCUAACCUCAUGACUUUAUCUAACCCUAAUCAGUUCCAUGGCCCCAUAUAAAAAUACCAUUAUGGGCCGGGGAUUUAGCUCAGCGGUGCCACCUGCUGUCUCACAAGUGCAAGGUCCCGAGUUCAAUUCCCAGUACCAAAAAUAAAAAAUAAAAAAAUAAAAACACCA